UCCGGACGAGAGCGACGUUCGGGGAGCCGCGAGCUGCGCUCGAAUAGCCGACACCGACCAAUAGAGCAUAACGAAGCUUCAGGUGGUUCUCCACCACGAAGGCCUCCGCCUGUUUGCUACGGAUGUAAAGUGGUGGGACACUAUCGCAGUGAUUGCUGGCGCUUCUGGUCGGACGCGGAAACCAGAAGGCAAAUGGAGAACGAUGGGCACAUUUGCCCUCCUGAGUUCGAUUGGUGUAAGCGCGUAGCCUCGCCAGGAAGGACGAACUCAUCCGAUGCCUUGACUGCGCGGCUGGACGAACUCGGCCAAAGUGUGGCCUCAUUGAGCGAGUUUGUUGGAGUUGAGCUGGCACGGAGGAAUGAGAAAGAGAAGAAGAAGCGUGAGAAGGAAGAACGACGACGUUUAGAAGAGGAAGAGCAGGAGCGUGAGGCUGAACGUAUUGAGAAAGCCGCUGCAGAAGCACGGAAGAAGGAGGAGGAGCAAUUAGCAAUGGCGAAGGCGAAGGCUGUGGAAAUUCAGCUGGCCUUACGAAUCGGCAGUAUCCGGGAUGAGAUUCGGAGUGAGAUCAGGCGGGCGAUUAGCGAGGGUAAAGCCGUAGUUACGGAAGAUACACCGUCUACGUCGGGCACUGCAACGACCAGCGAGGAGGAGGUUGCCGCGAUUACCGAAGGCGCCGAGAAGUUGUCUAUCGUGGAGAAAAGGAAGAGGGGCGAAGAUGUUUCUGUUGCCGACAGUCCACCAGUGACUACUCCCGCUAAACGCACUAGCAAGCGGCCUGGAGUGCGACCCAUAAGACUCUCUGAUCGUCUCCAACGGGCUCGCGCAAAGAUCUCUCGGAAGAAUGUACGUACUCCGGUCAAAGCGCUUACUGCGGUCAAGCGGCCACCUGAUAUGGCCAUGGAACGACUGUCCUUUCUGGACCUCACCUGUCGUGAGUUGAGUCAAAUGGACUACGAGAAGGUUCGUAGAAUCUGUCGGAUCGAAGGCGUUCCUUACACCACCAAGAUGCAAGCCAUCUUCGACUUGGCGGAAUGGCAGGCUACGCUACGCUUCGGUAAGGAGGAAGAGCAAAGCACCGCAUUGGUAAACAUUGAGGAUGGCGAAGAAGGUAGCUCGAGUGAGGGUGUCGAUGAGACCACCAAGGAGUGAAGUCACCUCACCAUUGAGCAAUGGUGUGCGGUCGCUGACGUACUCUUUUCCGCUCGUGCCUCGUCGAGGAAUUUCGAUCCUGAUGUUGAAUCUCUGUUACGAUGGCUGAUAGUCCUGCUUGCUUUGCAUGGGUUUUGUCGCUGGUUGGGUAAAUGUAUUGACUCGGGGCUGAAUCUUUUUCGACGUUUCGGCGUCGACUUUAUUAAUCAGUCGAAUUGCGUGUACGUAAUUACUUCUCUUAUUUGUCGAUCGCAAUAUAUAGGCCAGACCAGUCGAUGCCCGGAUAUCCGCUGGAAAGAG